GGUGUAUUCUGGAUCUCUGUAAUAGCAAGGUCUGUAUUUUCAGAGAUUACAGUUUCUAAUCUAAUAAAUGAAUAUUGCACCUUUGCACUUGUGGUGUGUGAUGUAUUCUUGUAUCCAAAAUCUAAAAGUGUUAUAUACGACGAGAAAAAUAUAAAAUGUUAUAUUGAAAACUAUCUUAAUGAUUUUAAUAAUGAUAGUCUUUCUUAUAAUUCAUUAGAAAAGAUUAUGGAUGAAGCAGAGAUUCAGCACUGCUCUGAAUCAUGGCCGAAUACUCUUAAAUUAGAAUCUAAUACUCUAUCUCAAGAUAGUAGUUCUAGAGCUUUUCUUUCACAAGAAGAUAUGGAUGAAUUGUUUGGUUUUAACUAUUAUGCUGAUUAA